GCUCGUACUCUACUCUACCAUCUCUGUAGUCUCUGUCUUUACCGCGCACCCGUCCCUUUCGCUUUCUGUCAUCGUCUCUCCGUACCUCGUAUACCCAUCCCCAUUCCUCAUCUAAUACCGUUGGCCUGAGUACCGCAAUGGCCUCAGUGCCAUCCACAUCGUCACACAGUACGCCAACCUCUUUGGCUUCUAAGGCAGAGCGACUUUCGAUCUCACAAGACAAGCACGCGCCCUUGUCUGAGGCUAAAUCUGAGCAACACACCUCACCUACCGAGGGCACUGCUUCUGCUUCCGACGCAUCGUCAUCGACUCAUACCGGCUCAGACGAGAGCUCGGCCGCGUCACAGCAGACUGAUGCAACAAACAUGCUCAGCGAUGCACAUAUCGAAGCUGCUCCGGGAGAAGCGUCCAGUGCAACGGCAAGUGAACAGAAGAAUCAGAAUCAGAGCAGAAGGAGCAGUGAAGGCGGUCCUUUGCUCCCGGCCCCAGAGACUGCCGGACAGAUGGAGGAAUACCCUACGCCCUCGGGCGCACUACUGCCGCCUCCGGAAGGGGAGAGAUCUGUCUUGGCUGCCCUAUCUGGCUCUACCCUCAAGGUCAGACGCGGUAGUAUAGAAGUGGGAGAAGGUUCUGCUACAAGAGACGCCGAGGAAGUCUCACAUUCGGCGCCUGUACAUCCUGGAGGGUCCAAGACCGUGAACGCGGCAGGUGGCCCCACGAGUGCAGCUGUGGGAACCUUCAAGGCUGAUGAUCCCGCGGGAACUGAAGCGAGCUCAGACUCGACUCAACCGCCCACUGCACUCUCGUCAGGCGAGCAGAGCCAGCAGUCGGUCGCCUCGGGUAGCUUGCUCCAGCGCUCAGAGCAGGGGCGGUCGACGGAUACUAUGUGCCGAUCAAGCUCAUCUGCAGGAGAGGCUUCUUCGGCAAAUUCUCGCAGACCACAUUCUCCGAGACAUCGAGGGCACGAGUCGCAAGGUUCUGCCUCGUCUCACCUUUUCGAAGAGGAACAACAUACUCUAGCACCAAGCAGCGAUGUCCGUCCGGCAAGCUUUGAAGGCGCGGCAUUUGUACCGAUCAAGGUCAAGGACUUUGCUUUCCCCGAGGCAGAUCCUCGACAUGUGGGCGCCAGGGAUGUGAGCUUGGGCGCUCCUACCUCGAAGGGCCAUCCCUUUAUACACAGGAAGCCCAGAGAAGAAGACUGGGACGAGAGCGACGCUGAUAGUAGUGGAGUGAGCUUGGGCAAUCAAGGACGGUGGAGGGGCGGUGCAGGCGACGACUGGGGACCCGGCGUCAGCUACGACGAGGACGAGGAGGAGUUCGAAGGUGACCACGGGAGGAGAGGAUCUGGUGGCAGCGGUCAAGAGCAGUACGAUGCAGAGGUCGAGGAGGGUGAGCCAGGUACGCAGCCAGGGCUGUACGAAGUCAUCUACGACUUUGGUGCCGAGUCUGAGCACGAGCUCUCGGUCAGUACGGGCGAUCGUGUGAGAGUUGUGGCUUCAGUUGAUGGCGGCUGGGCCGUGGGCAUCAGGGAAGGGGACGGAAAGGAAGGGCUGGUGCCCGAGGGCUACCUAGUGUGGGUCAGUGCGUAGACAUGGG